AUGACAACAGCCUCGGCCAUCUCGCGCAGUUACUCUGCGCCAAUCAUAUCUUCUUCUCCCAUCAAACCGAUUCUUCGAAAGCCUACUUCCGUCCUAGGCACGCGAUCUCGAGCCGACGAGUCUGACGGAGCAGACGAGGAUGAGCCGCCAACAAAAAGGCAAAAGAAGACAGUCGUCUUCAACGAGGAUCUCAACAUGGUAAAGGAAAUCAGCAGCAAGAGCUUGGAAGAGGCGAAGCGCGAGGUGAAGCAGGCAUUAGAGCGACACAGCGCCGGGGACGACGAGGAUUACGACGGCUUGAAGGAGAUCUUUGCGCCUGUCUCCAGCCGCCCAUCUCCCGGCGAUGAUGAGGCGCUUUCAAAAUCUCAGGACUUGAUUGUCUACGUUGUCGCACUGACGGGCUAUGCCCCCUUGCUUGGAAGGUCCUGUUCAGGCCUGCUCAGGAGCAUCCUCCGGUGCGCCUGGUUGGAACGAGAUGAGAACUUCGCAAGGGCAUAUAUCCAGCUUCUCGCUGCGCUUUCAUCGGUCCAAGGAUCGUUCUUUACGCAGGUGCUCACCAUGAUGGUGGACAAAUUCACCCAAACACGUCACCCCUCGAGCGUGCCCGGUUUCCCGCCCGUCGAGCCAGAAAUCAAGAAGCAAUGGCUGCACCUAGGACUGAAAUAUCUCCUUGAGCUUUUUCCAGCCGGUCAACACAUCAUUCUCAACUUGGUGUCAUCCAAAUUCCCUUACUCUGAGGAGUCCAAGGCCACGCAUAUGGAGUACAUAGACCAUCUCCUCCGUCUCAAAUCCUCGAGACCCGAGCUUGAACGGGAUAUCAUGGAGCUGAUUCUCUCUCGGCUCGUUAAGCUGGACGUUGAAAUGACACUUGACCUGGAGAACGAUGACGACGAGACCACCAGGGCGGUCUUAAGGCAGCUGGAAGCCUCGGACGCUAAGACCGAAGACGAGGACGAAGAGAGCGACGCCGAGUCCGUCCUAAGCGAAGACGAGGCGUUGAGCGAGCAGGCUAAGCGCGUUCUUAUGGUCAAGAGCAAGUUGGAGACAAUGGAUGCCAUCCUGGAUCUGCUGUUCUCGAUUUACACGCCAAUAUUUGAGGAUCCCGACAGUCCCGAGGCAAUUGAAGCGUUUCAGGACUUGCUGAGCGACUUCUCCAAUGUCAUUCUUCCGCAUCUGAAAUCCCGCCAUACACAAUAUUUGCUCUUCAAAUUCGCCAUGAGAUCCAACCAGCUAAUGGAGAUGUUUAUUGGGACCCUGUUCAAUCUCGCGUUUGAGUCGAAUCGACCUCCCGUCGUCAAGCAGGCUGCGGUUGCUUAUUUGGCAAGCUUCACUGCACGUGGGGCCAGGGUUCAGAGCGACCAAGUGCAAUUGAUCACCAAGACCUUCCUGGAUUACAUCGAUCACUACAGGGCCACACAUACCAGUUGUCGCGGCCCAGAUGUCAGGCGGUAUAGCCAGUACUAUGCGUACUUUCAAGGCUUACUUUAUAUCUUCUGCUUCCGCUGGCGAGACUUGAUCGAUAGAGAUAUGUUACCUCCCAGCCUUGAUUGGGAUGACCCGGCGUCGUUCAUUGGGCAGGAUCUGCCGUGGAUGACGGGACUCAAGUCAAGACUCCAGGCGAAUAUCUCUAGCAAGCUCAACCCUCUCAAGUGCUGUUCGCCAAUAAUUGUCGAGGAGUUUGCGCGGUUAUCCCACCAUCUGCGGCUCAUCUACAUAUACCCCCAAAUUGAAAAGAACAAGAGCAUCCACCUAUCGCAAUUCUUCACUGGGAGCUACGCGGCAGGCGGCGCCUUGCGUGACACGGGGCUUGAGUGCGACGACGAAAAGCUGGCGCAUCUAGAAGCCUGCUUUCCGUUUGACCCCUUCCAGCUACCAGUAGCCAAGCGGUGGCUCGACCUGCAGAAUAACUACGUAGCAUGGCGGCCCAUGGCGGUGCUAGAUAGGGAAGCUGACGUUGACGAAGAGGAUGAGGAAGAGGAAGAUGACGAUGAUAGCGACCUGGGAGAUGACCCAGACGGCAUGGGCGACGAGCAAGUGGUGCAAAAGGCAAGCGAAUCAGGUCUACUCAGUAUGGGUGACAACGCGCGGGAUCUUGAUCGACCUUCUUUUACGGCAUUCUGGAAGAAAUCCAGCGGCAGGGAGAUCAGAUUCGUCGAUGGCAGACCUCACGAGGACACGGGCACAAACCAAGCAGGAGACGACCAGGAUGACAAGCCAGACGCCGGGGCAUCUCUGGAUAAGGCACAGUUGCGUCGGGCUCAAGUAAGAAAAGCGCAAACCCAACACCGGCAACGCAAGGCGAACUAUGUCAAGCAGCUUGAGAUGGACAUCGCCCACCUUCGCGAGAUGAUAGCCGUUGCGCAGCGUGAUACGCAUGGCCUCCUGGCCGAAAAUCAAGCCAUGCGCGCACAGAUACAGCAAACCACCAAGAGAACAGACUGGCAGCUAGCUUUGGAUCAGGGGGUGUCGCUGCUGGACACGACACCCGAUCCACCGCAGCUCAGUAGCGAGGCCAGUGCCGGAUUGCAGCAAGAGGUUGAAGCUACCGAACCCGCCCCGGUCCCCAGCGCCCCUCUGAUAGGGCACUCGGCCAACGGGCACACGCUGAUGGCGAGCAGCCUGGCCCUGCGGAGUGCACCGCGGCGAAUCUUCAAGGCCGCCUCGCGCACUCGGCUGCUCCCCAGCAACAGCCCCAUGUCGUCGUCCGAGUCAUCACGAUGGUCGUGGCGCACGUCCGGGCUGACGCUGCGCGCGCUCUACGGCCUGGCGUGCUCGCUCAACCCCGCCGACGGGGCCGAGCUCACGCCUGUGCAGGCGUGGUUCGAGCUGGUGGCGCGCUUCGGCGCCGACGCGCUGCUUCCAGACGAGCGGCGGCCGGGAGCGCUCGACGCCCUCAAGCGCGAGCUCGCCGGCGUUGUGAAGUGCCCCCACUACGGCGCCAGCCUGGAGCGUGCCGCGUUUGAGAGCGUUGUUUGGAGGGUUCUGAUUUCUGAACCGCAGGGGUAG